GGGUUCCCACAGGAGAGGCAGGCCUGGGUCCUGGUGACUCAGAGGCACUCACAGGAGAGGCAGGCCUGGGUCCUGGUGACUCAGAGGCACUCACAGGAGAGGCAGGCCUGGGUCCUGGUGACUCAGAGGCACUCACAGGAGAGGCAGGCCUGGGUCCUGGUGACUCAGAGGCACUCACAGGAGAGGCAGGCCUGGGUCCUGGUGACUCAGAGGCACUCACAGGAGAGGCAGGCCUGGGUCCUGGUGACUCAGAGGCACUCACAGGAGAGGCAGGGCUGGGUCCUGGAGACUCAGAGGCACCCACAGGAGAGGCAGGGUCUGAGUAUUCGGGGUGCCCAGGAGGAGGAUCCUCCGGACCCCCAGCUCAUGCGGCUGGACAACAUGCUCCUGGCGGAGGGCGUGUCCGGCCCGGAGAAGGGCGGAGGAUCGGCGGCGGCGGCGGCAGCGGCAGCGGCGGCGGGCGGCGCGGCCGACAACUCCAUCGAACACUCGGACUACAGAGCCAAACUCACCCAGAUCAGACAGAUCUAUCACACGGAGCUGGAGAAAUAUGAACAGGCCUGUAACGAGUUCACCACCCACGUGAUGAACCUGCUGAGGGAGCAGAGCCGGACCAGACCCAUCUCCCCCAAGGAGAUCGAGCGCAUGGUGGGCAUCAUCCACCGCAAGUUCUCCUCCAUCCAGAUGCAGCUGAAGCAGAGCACCUGCGAAGCCGUCAUGAUCCUGAGGUCUCGCUUCCUCGAUGCCAGGCGGAAACGGAGGAACUUCAGCAAGCAGGCCACGGAGAUCUUGAACGAGUAUUUCUACUCGCACCUCAGCAACCCCUACCCCAGCGAGGAAGCUAAGGAGGAGCUGGCCAAGAAGUGCAGCAUCACAGUCUCCCAGGGGGUGGGGAGCACCAUCACAGUAUCACAGGUCUCCAACUGGUUCGGCAACAAGAGAAUCCGCUACAAGAAAAACAUCGGCAAGUUCCAGGAAGAGGCCAACCUCUACGCCGCCAAGACCGCCGUAACGGCAGCCCACGCCGUGGCCGCCGCCGUGCAGAACAGCCAGACCAACUCCCCCACCACCCCCAACUCUGGAUUCCAGAUGAAAGAUGAAGAAUUUCAGCUGGACUCUGCAGAGAGCAAAAACAGUCUUUUAACCAACAUGUUCACUGGUUCGUCAGGGUCAUUUAACCUCCCAAACUCUGGGGACAUGUUCUUGAGCAUGCAGAGUCUGAAUGGGGAUUCUUACCAAGGGCAACAAGUCGGAGCCAAUGUGCAGUCACAGGUGGAUACCCUGCGACAUGUUAUCAGUCAGACAGCAGGAUACAGUGAGGUUCUGGGAGGGAACGCCAUGUACAGUCCACACGCUAACGGAUGGCAAGAUGCAACUACUCCAUCUUCUGUGAUUUCCCCGACAGAAGGACCAGGGAGCGUGCACUCUGAUACUUCCAAUUGAUCUGUUUCCGCUGCGCCUGAUCUCUUUGCUGGGUAGCCUGGACAUUCACAGACUGGCCAACCAGAAAAGGAUUUUCUUUUCUUUUUUUAAAAAAAAAUAAGAAAGUGUGCUGCGUCCACCAGAAUCAUCUGCUUUCCACGCUGUGGCUACAUUGUUGGCUCCUAAUGUUUUCUUGGUAGUUUAUUGUGGUAUCUCGAUCUUCAUAAGUCUUGCUACUAUGAUUCACCAUCUUUUCUUUGUUUGUUGUAGGGGUAAGCACAUUGAUGUAAAGCUUAAACUAAGACCCAGACCUUUAUAGUUUACAAUUACGCUCAAUAACACUUUCCUGGAACAGAAUGAUACAUUGUCUCUCAAGCUAAAUAUAGCCUAAGUGCUGGAUAACAUUAUGUGUUGUCGUAUAUAUUUUAGUACAUUCUUAAUUUGCAAUGCAAUAUACCUAGCUAUAUAUAGCUAUAUAUCUUUUUUGUCAUAUCUUUUUCACUUGCUUACAAUUUCCUUGGCUCUCUGGAUGUUUCUCACCUAGGCCAACCAGCUUCUAGUUAGCAACCAAGCAGGGGUUUUUUUUGUCAAACGGAAGGACUGAAGUCAGCCAGUUUAGCUCCUGCAGCUCCAUGUUGACUGGUGUUGUCAUCUCACUAUCUGCUGUUGUUUUACUUUCUGUUGUUUGCCUUACUGCACAUGCAGUGUUUUAUCGAGCCUUUGUUUAGUAGCAUGGACGGUCGAAUUGCAUCAGCCUACAGACUUGGGAUGAAAACCGCUAUGAGCUAUUGUUUUGAGAAUAAUAUCGUAACAUCCACUGUUUCGAAUAUGAUGUGAGGUGAGGAAAAUAUCAAUUGAUAUUGUUCCGUUUUGGGCUAAUCAUGUAUUUAGUUUUUGUUUUAACAGUAAAGCUACCCACCUUCAUUUUGACACACAUAUGGAUACCAGUCACCUAGCAUAGGUUGUAUAUAAUAUAGCUUAAGAGUAUUUAUACUUCUCACCAAUCAAUACACGCCUCUAUUACCUCAUUCAAACUCAUAGAAACCAAUAGAUUUUCAACAUGUCUUUAGCUUAGAGUGGCCACUUACUACCUCUAAACGAUCUCACCAUCAUAGGUUUUUGUCCCCAUUAUUUAACAUUUUAUAUGUAGUUACGUUAAUAACAUCUUAUCAUUACAUCUUGUAAUACCGUAAACUCUUUUUUUUUUUUUUCAUGUAAUCUAAUGUAAAUUUUAAUCUUUUAAGAAAAGAAAGUUGCAGUGUUGCAACGUAAAAAUGACAAAAACUAGAAAAGUGAUGUUGAUGAUAUUAAUACUACAGUAUAAAUAUGGAGAAAAUGACAACAAAAUAGGAAGAAAAUUGUUGGUGAACAUUUUGAAUAGGGAAGGGAAGGGGGAAAAAUGUUGAUAAAUUAACCCUAAACAGUAAAACUGUUGUACAUACUGAAGAACAUUUUGAAUGUUGCUCAUCUUGUUACUAAAUCACGCAAAAAAAAAAAGAUUAUAAAAACUGUAAUGCAUAGAGUGGUCUCAGUAUUCAGAACUGUACAUUUCAAGCUCUGUUUGACAGGGUUCAAAGUUUCUUUCUCUUUUUUUGUAUUGUAUGUGAUUCUGAGACUGAUAAAGUCAUGACAAAUGAUUUGUGGCAGUGAUUCUAAUGUAUUAAAGAUGUUUAGUGUUUCUUUAUAACCAGACUACACCCUUGACUGAAAAGUCUUCCCUGUGGUA